AUGUCGGUCUCGAGGUGUGUCGUCGCCCUGUUGUGGUGUAGCUGCGGGUUCGCGGCGGCUUUGUCGAACGACAAAAACACCACCAGAGGAGUGGACGAGUUCUUGACGUCCUUGACGCAAAUGAUCGGAACCGUUUUGAACACCGACGCAAGAUAUUCGAGUGUGCUCGGGGAUGGAUCUCAGUCGGUUUCGGGUCGGCCCAACCGUCCGCCCGCCGCCGAUUACUUCGAAACUGGUCGACCACCCUUUUUGGAGAGGCCCCAAGGCGGCAGACCGUACCCUCCGCCUUUCCCGGAAAACGGCGGACCGUACCCUCAACCGUUUCCGGGAAACGGUGGACCGUACCCGGAAAACGGAGGACCGUAUCCUCCACCGUACCCUGGAAACGGUGGACCGUACCCUCCGCCGCCAUUCCGCCCCAAUGGGCUCCGUCCCGGUUUUCCAGGUGGCGGCUACCUGCAGCAGAACUCCGUCGUGCAGGCUCUGAGUUCCAUAUCGGAACACGACGACCUGAGGUGCGUGCCCAGACUGCUGUGCGAGGUGUCGUCCGGCACCAGGCCCGGUUAUAACCAGCAAUCGGGUUACUACCAGCAACAACAACAACAGCAGUCCUCCAUACCGUUUCUCACCAAAGACGCUCUGAUCACAUUGCUGACCGUGUUGAACUUCGUGGACGACUCGCCUCUGCUCAUGUUCGGCCGGGCCGCGUUGUUGGGGUAUAACGCCCGAGGAGAUUCCAAAUAUUGCACGACCGCAUAUCCGACCUGUCCCAGGGACCCCGACCAGCUGAUCAACUACCUGAACAACCACAACGGUGGUUUCUUCCGGUUCUUCAACCAACAACUACCGCAGUACGCUCCCCAGUACGCGCCCUACCAACAGCCCCCGUAUCCGCAGCGCCCUCCGUACCCGCAACAGCCUCCGUACCCGGAACAACCUCCAUAUCCGCAAAGGCCUCCGUACCUGCAACGUCCUCCGUACCCGGAUCAACAACAGAACUACGCUCCCCAGUACCCGAGGCCGCAACAGAACUUUGGUUACGGGUACAAGUCCCGAGUCGACGACCAGCAGAACCCGAGAAUACUUAGCGGGUCGCCGGGCCAGUACUACGACGUGCCUUCGGUUAACGACUUGCAACUGGAGGGUCCCAGGCCGGCGCCGAUGAGGUUUCCGUCGGCCAUCGAUCACGGCGGAGCUUCGAAUUCGGUCUCGCAGUUCGCUUUUCCGUCCGACCACCACGGCGGCGGUGGAGGCGGCAGCGUUGGGGGUGGCAGCGUUGGGGGUGGCAACCGGCAGGCGAAAAGGGUGAAAAUGAUUUUCCCCGACAGGACCGGCACUGGCGGACUUAGGGCCGACGUGGACAAAUACGGCAACUACAAAGGCGUGUACUACGCCGACGGUGCGAUCAAGUUCGUCGACGACGCCACCGCGAGCGGCGGUCGACCGUCGACCAUCAGACUUCCACAGCGGCGGCCGGCCGAAGACUUUGACGUGCUCGGCAACAGGUUGCCCUACCAGAGGCGGCCCAAGUUUCAGUUCCCCAGGACUUCCGAGUGA